AUGUGUACCUAUUUUCCACAUUGGGAUCAAAAUACUGUGUCUCGAUAUCCGCAAAAUAAUAUAUAUUCACAAUGUACAUUUAUGGAUGCAAUUGCUAAUAAUGGAGGAUGUCCCUCAGGAUUAAUACCGUACUAUAAAGAUGGUUUAAUUGAUCCUAGCGCAAAAACUUGUGGUCAAUGUGUACCUGGUAUAUCAGGUUUAGAGAAUCCAGAUCAAUGUGGAAUCAAUGAGUUUUGUGAUGACAGUGGAAGUUGUAAGAGUUUAAAAGAUCACCCGUUAUACCAUCAGAGUUGUCCUUCAGAGUUGAAUGGUGAACAAUCAGCAACCGGUUGGUGUGGUGCUGGUUUAAAGUGUAUUCAGCAUUCAUGUUCAAUUUGUAAAGAAGGUUCAAUAUUUGGUAAUGAUGGUAAACAAUGUAUAAAUGGUGAAUGGAGUUAUUCAAAAUGGUCAGGAUUUAGACAAUUCAAUGAUCCAACGGAUACAUUUGUGUUUUGGAUCUUUAUAUUGUUGAUCGUAGUAGGUUUGGCAAUGGCUAUAGUACCUCGUAUUGAUACCAGAUUGUUUUUAAGAAAAGGAAAGAAAACUGUACUUAGUUUGAAGAAUUCAUUUGGUGGUGGUAGUGUUGGUAUUACUAAAAACAAUAACAAUAGUAAUAAUAAUAGUAAUAGUAAUGCUAAUAAUAAUGAUAAAGUAAACAAAAGAAAUAAUAAUAAUCUUAAAGUUAACACUAGAGUAAACAAUGAGCAUGUUGAUGACAACUAUCAUGGAGUUGAAUUGAAUAAUUUGAAUGGAUCUGAUAGAUCUGAAUAG